UACUACCACACUGCACAGCAUCAAGUCCAGCGCAAAACAACCAGUAUGUCUUCAUCUCUCAAACCUCUUGUUCUCCACGCCCACUCUACGGGGCCCAAUCCUUUCAAAAUCGCCAUUGCUUUGGAGCUACUCUCCGUUCCAUAUGACGUCAAGCUAUGGGAUUUUGGAGACGACCCAGCCAAGGGCCUCAAAGGCGCGACGUUCUUGAAAAUCAACGAGAACGGUCGCGUCCCUGCACUCGAGGAUCCCAACAAUGGCGUCGUCAGUUGGGAGAGCGGCGCAUGUUUGAACUACGUCAGGAGACGGUAUGAUCCCGACGGUCAAAAGCUGGGACCGAGAAGCGCCAGCGGUGGAAAGCCCAGUGAGCAGGAUAUUGUCGAUUUCGAGAAAUGGGAGUAUUUCCUGUUGACGACAUUGGGCCCAAUGACAGGGCAGACAAACUGGUUCAGGUAUGUCUGUUAGCAGCGUUGCGAGGCUCUUCCCUGGUCUCUUUCUAAGCAUGAACCUAGGCAUUACAACGCCACCAAGAACGAAGAUGCCCUAAAUCGAUAUG